AUGCUCCUGUGCCAAUACGGAGAACCUCAAGUUCCAGAACGAUGGCCACAUGCCAAGGAAAAGUUGACUGUCAAGAAACUAGCCCGGAGAACAACGAUAACUCGCGAAAAAUGCGAGGUGGCUCUUAUUCUCCUCUUGGACCGGAUUAAGCGGCUUGCAAAGCAGCCUGAGAUCUUUACUAUUGCCGAGGUGAAAUUUUGGAGCGAACAACAUAGAGUCACCCACUGCGCCUGGUUGAUCGCAUCACAGGACCGGCAAGGCUUCUUCUUUGACCCCACAGGAGUCCAGUUCGGGGCAGACUGGGGCCUUCUUACUCCAUGGGAAACAUGGACAGCAUCAUUUGACCGACUUGCGGUGGUACUCAUUAGGGUCGAACAAAGACUCUGUGAGCGCGGAGGAGAAUGCGAGAAGAAUUGUCUCUGUGUCUUCUUCUGGGGGUGGAAAUCAGGUCUAUCGCCUGUCUGGGAGUACGACCGAGAGGAGGGCCCCCGUGACGUAGGGUCGGUUGCUCACCAGUUGGAUUCAUUCAACUGGCGCUAA